UGCCGCCCAGUUGCCCUAGUGACUGUGGCCUGUCCCCUUCUCCCAGCUGCUGUAUAAAUAGAGGUGCCGAGCAGCAGAGAGCUCCUGGCAGCCACCAUGCAGGGACUGAGGCUGCUGUGCUGCUGCGUGGCGUCUUUCCUGCUCCUCGGGGCUGCAGAAUUGCAAGUUUCUGCCUCGGAGGGCACUGAAGAUGUUGCCAACUUUGUUGAGAAUCACUUAUCAGCUGGAGACCAAAGCCUAGAGGGGAACGAAGGGGUACUUUGCCCAGACUCUGUACCUCCUGAGAAGACUGUUCUCCUCCAGCCUGCAGACAGCAAUGAGGCAGCAGCCCAGGAAAGGAGCGGAAUGCCACAUGACUGUGGUUCCAAGACAGGUGCUGAUAUAAAUAUCCCUGUUGAUGGCUUGAACAAUGACAGCCAAGAGGAGGACAAUGACAUGAACAUAGCUAAUGCUGCUUCAUCGGUUUCAGAAUGUGAUGCUGCCACAGGCAGCAAUGCUGAUGGAAGUGAGACUGUGGCAAGAGAGACAGAGCCAGCAGAAGGGACUCCUCUCCCAGGGGAAGACAUGGAAGAGCUGCUGGCCAAAGAACAGCCCGGAGGCAGCAGGAAUGAAGCUGCAAAGGAGAGCAAGGAGGAGAAGGAGCUCCAUGUGGCAGGGGUGGAAAUCAGGCUGGAAGAGGCUGGGAGGAAAGAGAACAGGCAAAACUCUCCUCCCGCCACAGCAGGGAGUUUUGAAGAGAGCACCCGCCUGCCUGCAGAAGAGAGGCAGGUUUCCCAGCGUGGUACAAAGACUCUGGCUAGAGAGGAGGUAGCAGCAGCAGAGCGCCACUCAGGGCCUGACGAUGACAAAGAUGCUGCCGACAAGGAAAGCGAAGUCAGUGAGGCCUCCCAAAGGAGCGCGCCACCCUCGCCAGCCAGCGGGGAAUCGCCUUCUCAGGGAGAUGCACAUAGGGCUGAACCUGCUCUAGCAGAGCCAGGAACUCUUGAGGAAGUGGGGACACAGCUGGAAGAAGGCUCUAAAGAAGACAAGAGCCGUAUUCCACAUGCUAGCCAAGGUGCCGAAUCUCACAUGCAAGGUGGGAAUCAUGCAAACAAGCAAGACAAAGAAGUCUCUGGCUCAGAGACCAGUCAUGUCUCUGGGGCCCCUCUUGGGGGCAAUGGACUAGCUGCAAAAGAAAAGGAACCUGAUUCAGACAACAGAACUGGUGACAGUCCUGUGGGAGAGACCACCACUGAUGGCCAGGCAGCGGAAAGGGACAGAGAGGAACCAAGCACUACCUCUGCUGAGGCAGUAGGAGAAAACCCUAACUUGGAAGCAGAGGAGUCUGAAGAAAGUUCAGAGGAAGAGGAUGAUGACCAGGAAGAGUCUGAGGAAGAGAAAGAGACAGAAGAUGUUGGGGAGACUGCCAAGAGGGACCGGUCCCAUAUAGAGAGCACCCAACUGAGUGAGGCUAAACCUGCAGACGACUACUCAGCAACACUGCAGCGGUUGAGGAAGAUCUAUCACUCCUCCAUCAAACCCCUGGAGCAGUCCUACAGAUACAACGAGCUCAGGCAGCAUGAGAUCACAGAUGGGGAGAUUACGUCCAAGCCAAUGGUGCUGUUCUUGGGACCAUGGAGCGUUGGCAAAUCCACCAUGAUAAACUACCUCCUAGGACUGGACGACACGCCCUACCAGCUGUACACAGGGGCUGAACCCACCACCUCUGAGUUCACGGUCAUCAUGCACGGCCCAAAGCUGAAGACCAUCGAGGGCAUCGUGAUGGCUGCUGACAGCGCACGCUCCUUUUCGCCCCUCGAAAAGUUUGGGCAGAACUUCCUGGAGAAGCUGAUCGGGAUAGAGGUGCCUCAUAAGCUUUUAGAGCGGGUCACCUUUGUAGACACACCGGGCAUCAUUGAAAACCGCAAGCAACAGGAACGAGGUUACCCAUUCAAUGACGUGUGCCAGUGGUUCAUCGACAGAGCUGACCUCAUCUUUGUUGUCUUUGACCCUACAAAGCUGGAUGUGGGGCUGGAGCUGGAGAUGCUGUUUCGCCAGCUGAAGGGCCGAGAGUCUCAAAUAAGAAUAAUUUUGAACAAAGCGGACAGUCUCGCCACCCAGGAGCUUAUGAGAGUCUAUGGUGCCUUGUUCUGGAGCUUGGCUCCUCUGAUCAAUGUCACUGAACCUCCCAGGGUCUAUGUCAGUUCCUUCUGGCCCCCAGAGUAUCACCCUGAAACCCACAAGGAUCUGUUCCUUAAAGAAGAGAUCUCACUCCUGGAAGACCUUAACCAGGUGAUUGAAAACAGGCUGGAGAAUAAGAUUGCCUUCAUCCGCCAACAUGCCAUCCGGGUUCGCAUCCACGCCCUCCUGGUCGACCGCUAUCUGCAAACCUACAAGGACAAAAUGACCUUCUUCAGUGAUGGGGAGCUGGUAUUCAAGGACAUUGUGGAAGACCCUGACAAGUUCUACAUCUUCAAGUCCAUCCUGGCAAAGACCAAUGUCAGCAAGUUUGAUCUCCCCAACCGUGAGGCUUAUAAGGACUUCUUUGGCAUCAAUCCCAUCAGCAGCUUCAAGCUGCUAGCUCAGCAGUGCUCCUACAUGGGAGGAUGUUACCUGGAGAAGAUCGAAAGGGCCAUUACUCAUGAGCUUCCUGAUCUCUUGGGGAGUAUUGGCUUGGGGAAGAAGCCUAGUAUUCUCUCCUGUGACACAACUGGCUGUGGUGAAACCCCAAGGAACCGCUAUAGGAAACCAUAACAUGCUAUGUACUAACAUAACCAUUCAUGUGUUCCUAUUGGUGAAUGAGCUUAUGUCUUAUCUGUCCAAGAAGCCAUGGUUUAUUAACCCUUUGAGUGACACACUGGCAAGAGCUACUGUCCAAGGAGGACUUCAAGUCAUUGACAUUAAUGGCAGGGGAAGCGGGGUGGGCAUAGAAAAGAGAAUAAAGAACUGUGAAUUCCUGACAUUUUAUCUUUGUUAUUUGAAAUAGAAAGCAAUGUUUAAGCUGUAAGUAAAAGCAACAAAUGGUGACCUAAAGCUUUAGCUGCUUUUUCAUUGGUACUGAAGUUCAUGAGUGUGGAACAAGAAGUUCAACCUUUGCAUACACUAAGCAGGCAGGGAGUAGGAAAUGCAGACUCUGGAAUGAUAACCUGGAGGAAGGCUCCAACGCCUUGACCUGGAGAACUGGAGAGGGUCACCCCUGGGGAGAGAGAGAUCCAGCAGAGUAAAUGUCAGCUUUUGGUGGCUGUAUAUAGGCAUGAGGACCACAGAAAUGCCUAUAAAUAAAUAAUAAUCUGUUUUUUUCUUUUCAAGACUUGUAGGCCAUCAGGUUCAGUUCUUUGUGAGCUCAAUUUGGAUGACAGUUGAGCUGUAACUCAGAAUCUUUAGCAUUCACCCAGGUAUUAGCCCUCUCCUAUCCCCAGGGGUAGGGAAAGAAAGACCCCAUGUCUGUGUUUAGACUGGAUUCAGUCCAAUCUCUGAGAACAUUUGGCAUUGUUAGCACCAAAUGCAUGUCCCAGGUGGGAUUUGGAAGUCUGGCUCAUAAGGAGAAAUGGACUGGAGCUGAAAGAGCAAAGGCACUUAAGUUACAUUUGAGAGACAGUGGCAGUAAUUCAAGAAAGUUCAGAAGAAAGCGUUUGAAAGCAUCAGUUUGUCCCUGUGCCUCAGAAGAGACCGCGAGCUUAGUGUAUGCAUUUGCUGUUAGCGUCACGCAGUUGUCGGCAAGUCAAGCACAAACCUUGGUAGGGCUCAGAGGGUUAAUUGAUUUGCAUUUUGACCUUGUGUUUGCCAGUGUUGCAUGUUUUCUCUGAGUCAGAUCCCUGCGUUGUUGUGCAGUUUGGAGGAAGACAGGAACAACCUCCAUUUCACAGCUGUUGCCUGUUUUCUCUUCCAAUCUUUUUGCUGUAGGUUAGGAAAUCGAAGGUGUCUGGGCCCUAUCUUAUUUGGGCUGAGCCAAGCAGUCAUAUUUAUUUGUUGGCGUUGCCAUGUUGUUCACCUGCCCCAACACACCAACACCCAAAAUUGUGAGUUGCAGGAAAUGAUGCCAUUGGAACCAGUGCCAGCCUCUCUGUGGACAUAGUUCAUUGUAGAUGGCAACUAAAGAACAGUGAAAGUAUGGGAGCCCUCUUCACUAAGCAGGCAUUGUUUGGUUGCAAUAACCCAGUGUGGCUGGUGGUUGAGCUAAGCAUUAACUGAAGAAGAAGGUGGAUGUUGCCCUAAACAGUGAAUGGUGUUUGAGACCUGCUAAAUAGCCUUUCUUCAUUUCUCCCUGUCAAAUGGACCAGAGCUGAGGCUGGUCUUCAGAGAACCUUCUGAGUAGAAGUCCUCACUGUAACAUGCCUGUGGGCCUUAUCUGCCUGGGGUCAAGAAUUUAAUGAAAUCUCAAGCAAAGCAAGACAAAGAUAGAAAGACAAAAGGAAAUAAGAAAGCCAUAUGUUGGCAUUUUAAAGAAGAAAUUUGAGCAGAUGAGAAAGUGGAAGGUGCUGACCAGAGCCUGUUGGGAGCAUGGCAUUGGGUCUGAAAGGCAGCACAUCUCUGAUCCACAUGUGUGAAUAGAGAUGGAGCUGUGGCUACAGGAGAAUCAAACAUAUCUAGCACUGGUCUGGGAUUCAGCUUCCUUGGUGCCAAAACCUUGAGUUUAAAAUAAAUGGUCUUUUAAAGCAAUCCGGGUUAGUUCUAGUGGGCAUUGUUUCAUGGGUGCUUGACUUGGUCCAAAUGUGUCACCCUGGAGGACACAGCCAAUGGGUAAUGAGUCCCCAAAGGCUGGGUGCCGAAGAAGAAACAAGUACAUCAAUGAGUACUGCAAGAGGGCAGGCUACAUGCCGAGGGAUUUUGUGCACAGCACUGAAAGGAACAGGGGCAGCUAAUGAAGGCAAGAAGAGGCGUCAGAGAAACUGGCAUCUGAAAUAGCACAAAGAGAAGUGACAUGCUGGUGAGUCAAUACUGAGUGAGGUCUCAGACUGCCUUGGAGCUGCUUCUUCAAUUCACUUCUGUUCUUCUCCUCCCUUUCUUUUAUGUUACCCCAUUCCUUCUCAUCAUCCUUCUUUGUCUUGGUCACCCACUCUUUCUCACUUCUCAUUGCCCUCCAUUAAGCUUACCUGCUGCUCCUGUCACUUGGCUUAGUUUGCAUGGUGUUCGUAGGAGCAAAUGGAAAAGAAACACUGUCAGAGCUGUGCUAAUUUUGCCACUGCUUCUGCCAUCACAUUAUGUUUUAUUGUCACCAUAAGCAAAUGGCUGUUAAACUUUUCUAAUUCUCUGUGCCUUAUUCUUCCUGCUCGUUCUUUGCCUUUUUGUUUCUCUUCACUGUGCUGUCAUCUUCUUUUUGUCUUUCUUCUGUUCAUGUUCUCUUCCCCUUUUCUUCAGUCUUUCUCCUACCUUUUCUUUCCUCCAUUUCUUGUCAUCCUCUUUUCACUAUACCCAGGUCAUUCCUUCCUAGCUCUCUCUUGCUCACUAGCAUCCUGCUGGUCAUAAAGCUACUGCUCUCCUUUCGGGUGUUGGUGGAAGUGAUGAUUGUGGUAUGGCUGGUGUUACCAAUACGAUACAGAACGAGGAACAUUGGCAGCAUUGAGGAGGAUGGAGGAUGUAAAGCAUGGUUGUCUACAGGUACUGGGCCUGUUGGUUGACGUCCUGUUGGGUAAGCAUUCAUUGACAAUGAAGAUCUCUGCAUAUACUCAAGAAAAUCUGUAAUCAGAUGAGUUCACCUUUUGAAAUGUGACUGACAAAAGCAUAGUACUGGCUCAGAAGCUCAGCACAGAGGCUCAUGCAUUGAUCAUAACCACCUUCCCAUCUGAAAAUUUACACUAGGAUUCUCUUCUUAAAAGCACUCCUGGCACUCCAAGUUUAACCUCCCUGUGGCCUGAUAUCAGGUGACCCUUAAGAAACAGUGGACCUAAGAAGUGCAUUUGUUCGUUAAUUGCACAUUAAGCUGGGUCCACUCUUAGCUCUGGUUGGCUACCACAGCCCUUGUUGGGAAUCUGACACAUUUCUGAUGGCCUUUCUUCCCAAGCCCCUUAACACUUGAAAUGACUUGCAUGGCCACAGCAAAUGAUUGUUAGUCUAAAAAGAACUGUAGUUCAAAGCCCAUCUCAUCUGUCACAGUCUGAUGACAUAGCAGGCUCCUACCAUCAAUCUGACUGUCUCUGUUUUAUGAAACAAAAUGAACUUGAUUAGAAACAAAAUAUAAAGUGUGACAUGAGCGAUGUGUCUCUGAGUUACAGGAAAUACAUCGGGAAUGAAAACAGGGAGCCUGAAGAUUUUUUAAUUUUGCUAAAAAACCCAACAUCCCUAAAGCCACUUUUGUGUGCUUCUUUUUUAACAGGAAUCUGGACAGACAGCAUAUAAGGAAUUACAUGCUGUAAUAUAUUCCAAAUUAGAUGUUCAUGAUAAUGUGCAUUUGGAUAAAAUUGUUGGUCCUGUACAUUAACCCAUCUAAUAAAAUCAGUAUUUUUCAAACACA